AAUUCAGAAGAGUCGGAGGAGUCGUCCGAGUCUGACUCAGGGACGCCGUCCACGUUCAAGUGUUUGGACUGUCUGAGAUACCUGUGCGACGACUGUGCCGAGCUUCAUUCUCAGAACGAGAUUAGAGCAUCUGGAGAUCCACAUCGAGUGGCUCCUUUGUCGGAAGUGCACGCGUGCGAAGAUUCUACCGAGCCGUACUUGUACUGCCCCAGUCAUGCCGGUCAGCGCUUGAGAUUUUACUGUCGCGACUGCGAGUCUGCGAUAUGUAUCAGUUGCACUGACAUCGAACACCGUCACCACAACACGGCCAGGUUGCAUCACGCUGUGAUGGAGCAUCGGGUUGCUCUGCGACAGCUGCUAGACCGAGUACUUUGCAAGGUGCCAUUGUUGGAGUCGGCUUUUGAAGGUGUUUCUGAAACCUUGUCGCAGCUUCACCUUUCACGAGAUGAAGCAGAGCAUAGUAUCACGAUGUCUUUCGCAGGCUUGCAAGCAGCCCUUGAAACGAGGCAGAACCAGUUGCUUGAUGCCCUGGAUUCUGCGUGCAAAACAAAAUCCGAGAGUCUCCGGGACCAAUCCGAGGAACUUUCCGAGUAUCUUUCCGAGAUCCGGUCGAGCUGCGAGUUCGUCAGUCGAGCUUUGAGUGUGGGCUCGGACACGGAAGUGCUGAUGGUGCGGAAGCAGCUCGGGGACCGACUAGAGGCACUUUCCACGUCCGCCAUGACAAACAGCGCCGCCACUUCGUCAGUGUCCUUGCCGGCGUCUGUGGGGUUAUCGCUGUCGGUGUCGCCGUCUCCGUCGCCGUCGCCAUCUCCAGCUGGCAGUCUAGACGUCAAGGGGCGUCCGGCGUCCGUCGUCGACUUGUUCCCGCGCGGCAACUCGCACAUUGCGUUCCAUCCGUCAGAAGUGGAGUCAGUCAGAACGAGGAUACUGAAUAUUGGAGCCAUUUCCGAAUGCAGCGCAGUUCCUUGGAGAUCGUCGUGUCACCCGUACGGAAAGAAUCGUCGCAGCGACCCGGAAUGGCGAUGCCUCGCUGGCAGGCCGUGUAGGGUUCUGGUGAAGCUGAGCGACUUCAGGGGAGAACCCGCGACGUCGGGUGGCGCCUUAGACGUGCUGAAAGCGGAUUUGCAGCCAGCUCAUCCCAUGGUGGGUCGCCCUCCCACGCAGAUUGACCCCGUGCGACCCGGUGAACUGGAAGUCAGCUUUUCUUUGCCGACCGAAGGCGACUACUUCCUCGGGCUGACCUUGUUUGAUCAUCACAUCAACGGAAGUCCAAUCAAG